AUGGGACUGAUAUCCUCCUUCAUUCUGGUAUGUACUAUCACCUCCAUUGUCUACUUCAUCGCUAAACAUAUGAAAUUAAGAGAACGACUGAAGGGAAUCAAUUGCCCACGUUCAUAUCCUUUGAUUGGGCAUGGAUUGAUUAUGAAACCAGAUAUGGAAGGGUUUAUCAACCAGGUUAUGGGCAUGGCCUAUAUGUAUCCUGAUUCACCGCGAAUGGUUCUUUUCUGGCUAGGACCUGUACCUGUGGUGAUGUUGUAUUCAGCACGUCUGGCCGAGAAAAUCCUCACUUCCAGCAAGCAUCUGAGCAAAGGCUACGCUUAUAGUCUACUAGAGGCAUGGCUUGGACAAGGUAUAAUUACGAGUAACGUUGACAAUUGGCGACCCAAGCGUAAACUACUCACGCCAACGUUCCACUACGACAUUUUGAAGGAUUUUGUCCCGAUUUUUAACGAGCAAGCGCAAAUUUUAGUCAAAAAGCUUGCUAGUCUUCCCGCAGGGGAACCGGUAGAAAUUCAAUCUCAUAUCACUUUGUGCGCUCUUGACAUAAUUUGUGAGACAUCAAUGGGAAAAACGUUGAAUGCUCAGUUGGAUGAGGAAAGCGAAUACGUGAAAGCUGUUCACACUAUCAAUGAUUUAGUACAGGAAAGGACUAAGAAUCCGCUAAUGUGGAACAAUUUCAUCUACAACAAGUAA